UUCAGACAAUAGGCCCAUCCCACUCAAGUGAGGAGGUCACAAGCAAUGGCAUCAUCAAAGAGGAACUCCACCCUAACCAGGUUCUCCCCGACCCCAGCUCGAACUCUGACCCUUGGCCCACCUACACCUGGACAAAGAGUGGGCGCAGAGAGUGCAGCACAACCUGUGGCACUGGCAGGCGUCAGGUACUCUGGGAGUGUGUUGAGAAAGAUUCCCAGGCGACUGUUCCUGCUGACCUCUGUGACCCUGCCCUUGAACCAACAAACCGGGAAGAAAACUGCAACACCCAGUCCUGUCCUCCAUACUGGGACGUGGGGGAGUGGUCAGAGUGCAGCAGGAGUUGUGGACCCGGCACUCAGCGACGCCAAGUCAUCUGCCGCCAGGUCACUCAUGCUCACACCAACGGGACUGAGACCUCGGUUACUGUGGCACCAGAGUUGUGUGGGACAUCUGAUAGGCCGGUGACCAAGUCGACAUGUCAGCUAAAGAUUUGCAGCCAGUGGGAGAUACAAUCUGAGUGGAGCCCGUGUUCAGUGCCAUGUGGGGUGGGCCAGCGCAGCAGGGAGGUGGUGUGUGUGAGCAACCAGGGUGAUGAGGAGGAGGAUGAGGAGUGCAACAUGAACCUGAAGCCGGACACACUACAGAACUGUGACAUGGGAGCCUGUGCAAGCAGCUGGUUCAGCUCCCUCUGGAGUCAACGGUGCUCUGCAGAGUGUGGUCGAGGCAAUCGAACCCGGACGACAGUGUGCCUUAUAGAUCACGUGACUGAUCUCCCACUGGAAAGCUGUGAAGGGGAACGCCCACCAGAAGUGACACUGUGUGACUCUGGCCCCUGCCAGAACCGCCUGGAGUGGUACACCGGACCCUGGGGCCAGUGUUCUGCAGAGUGUGGGAAUGGCACACAGACCCGGAGUGUGGCUUGUAUUUUCAACAACAACGGUCACAUGAAGGUUGUGGACCAGUUAAAAUGUUCCAGUCUCUCUCAGCCAAUCACAGCUCAGCCCUGCAGACUGAAGCCAUGUGGUGUCCAGUGGUAUAUCACAGAGUGGAGUGCAUGUUCACGUUCCUGCAGCGGUGGCUACCGUGUGCGUGAGGUGCGUUGUCUUGCUGACAACAUUGUCCCAAGUGACCGUUGUGACCCCAGUUUGACCCCCGAGAGCCGAGAAGAAUGCAACAAACAACCUUGUUUAGCAGAGAUAAAUCCAUCUUGCGGCGACCAGUAUCAUAACUGUAUGGUGGUGGUUCAAGCCAGACUCUGCAUUUACCCUUACUAUAGAAGUGUCUGCUGUGCUUCCUGCUCCCAGAAAACAUACCCCAAUGCAUUUCAAAAGAACCACAUCCGCAGGUGAUGCUGCCUCUGGAAGGUUAAACUCACUUCAGGUCACUAUCAAGUCUGAAAAAACUGCACCGUGAAAAUGACACCUAGCUUUGUUUGAGGAGUGCCUCACUAGGAGGGGAUGUAGAGCAUGGUCUUCAACAGAUUGACUGACUGGGUACUCAGUUUCUUGUAUUUUGUGAACAUGCCCACACACAGCAUGAAAACUGCCAUUAGAGGUUGUGUAGGUUUAGAUAGUGUUUUCAUCCUCAGUGUAACUUCAAACUGGACUGGUCCCAUUUGGUGAUGUACUUGUAUAUUUAUUCUAAAUAAAGGGUGUGUAACUUCUA